UUCAAGAAAUUGGUUCAGUUCAGUCAGUGCUCCUGGACUUGUUGAUGCUUCUAGGCCCUUCUUGAUUUCUCCCGUCAUACUAUUGCCAGCGAUAAAUUUGUGACCUAUGGCGACUCAAGCAGCCGCUCUUUGCGGAGCUAGUGCUCUCGUCGCGCCUGCUGUAGGCAAGGGAGUGCAGAAGCAGGCCGCUGUCUCCAAGAAGCUGAACCAGACCCGGCUGUCCGUGUCCGCGUCGGCAUCUACUAAGGAUAAUGAGCCGACUCCCUCCAACAACCUCUUCUCUAAGCUGGCCACGGGCCUCGCGGCAGCAGCGACGGCCAUCUCCCUCACCGCCGCUCCGAUGGACGCCGCCGCUCUCGCCGCCGGCUCUCCCGCCAUCAACCCGGCCAUCCCUGACGUCAGCGUGCUCAUCAAGGGCCAGCCAAUCAAGGACGCCCGCGCGCUGCUGCGGUAUGCUCUGCCGAUUAGCAACCAGCCGAUCAAGGAGGUGCAGCAGCCGCUGGAGGCCAUCACUGAGGAUCUCAGGCUGCCUGGUGUGAAGGCCUUUGACCCAGUCGAGAGGAACAUCCGGCAGGCCAACCGCGUGCUGAACCAGAGCAAGGACAAGAUCCUGGCGGACGUGGCGGCGGCGAACCAGGCGGAGGGGCGCGCGCUGGUGGAGAAGCUGCAGGACGGGCUGCAGGAGUUUCAGAAGAUCGUCGAGCGCCGCGACCGGGGCGCCAUCCAGCCGAAGCAGAAGGAGCUGCUGGCGAUCGUGGGCGACAUCGAGGAGGCGAUGGUGGGCGCGUUCCCCUACGAGAUCCCGGCGGAGUUCAAGGGGUACCCGGUGCUCAAGGGGCGCGCGAACGUAGAGAUGGUGGUGCGCCCGCUCAACAACCCCAACCUGCCCGAGGUCGUCUUCGAGGUCGUAGUGGACGGUUACAACGCACCAGUUACCAGUGGCAACUUCGUGGACCUGGUGCAGAGGGGCUUCUACGACGGCAUGGAAAUCCAAAGAGCCGACGGCUUUGUCGUGCAGACUGGAGAUCCCGAGGGCCCUGCAGAGGGCUUUGUGGACCCGGCCACGGGCAAGGAGCGCAAGAUUCCCCUGGAGAUCUAUGCCGAGGGGGACAAGACGCCCGUCUACCAUGACACUCUGGAGGACUUGGGCAGGUACCGUGCUCUCCCCAGGCUGCCAUUCAACGCCUUCGGCACCAUGGCUAUGGCCCGAGAGGAGUUUGACAAUGACAGUGCCUCGAGCCAGAUCUUUUGGCUGCUGAAGGAGAGUGAGCUGACGCCCAGCAGUGCCAACAUCCUGGAUGGCCGUUACGCAGUCUUUGGUUACAUUGUGGAGAACGCCGACUUCCUUGCCGACCUUAAAGUUGGGGAUGUGAUCUCGAGUAUGAAGGUCACUCAAGGGCUCGACAACCUGGUCAUUUCGAAAUAGAGAGCUGCUUGAGUGAUGCUGCCAUUUGCCAAGCUUGGAUUUGUCACAUGGGAGGUUCCUAGAACUUCAAUGUUGCAGUCAACUCUCAUGUGCUUCGAAAGCAACGCGUUUGGUGUGUUUUUGGCUUUGGCCCAAGUUGCCUCGUGCGACGUCCACAGCAGCAGCAUUCGUGGUGUGAAUUUUUGUAUUUAUUUAUCAUAUUGUUGGCUUGCAUCAUGGAAAUGGAG